CCGCCCCCGCUGCUGCCGCCGCUGCUGCUGUUGACGCUCCUGGUGGCCGCUGUGGAGCUCCGACCUCCCGCCACGGUCAACGCUCUGCCCAUCGUCGACCCGGGGUUGUUCGUGAUCAUGGGCGUGAAGACGUGCCGCGCGGGCGCCGGCUACUGCCUGCUGGGCAACGACUGCACGCUGGACGAGGACUUUCUGCCCGACGACCGCCACGGCCACUGCGACGGCCUGCGCUCCGCCUUCACGCCCAGCGCGCACUUCGUCUGCUGCCGGUACAGCGCCGAGGCCAACGCCACCGCCGUCCAAGCGGACCCCGCCGCCGCCGCCGCCACCACCACCGUCACCGAAACGGACACCGCCGCUACCACCCCCACCCAGACGGAGCCUUACGACGAUGAAGGCUCGCAGGCCACGGACGCUGUGCAACAUCGAGCCACGGAGCAGACCUUGGAAGAGACGACCACUCAGCUCGCGGGUACUGAUUGGACCACCAUUGGGCUGGAUAUCGACGAAAGCAACAGUGAGGAGACGAAACCUAACGAAACUAAAGCUCUCAAAAGAAGCAGAAUCGAGUUGGAAGAUGAACAAAGAGCGUUCACUGGGAAAUCCGGAUUUACAGUGACUGAAAUCACUACGAAUCCAACUACUAAUAUUGCCCAGGAUACAACAUACCCUGUCAGUUCACCUUCUAAGGGACACACCAAUGAACAUCACUCAAAGCCCGAAGAUCCCAAAUCACCUAGCAGUAAUGCAGACGAGAAUCACAUUAGCUUAGAUGAUAGUAAAAAUAAUGUAGAUUCUUUCACACAUAAUGGUGUAAUGAUGGACGAUAUACUUAAACUCAUAACUGAAGGAGAGUGGCAAAUUAGUUUAAAAAAUAAUGAGGUGACAGACGACGAUAAUUCUGAAAGCACUACAGAUGAAAAUUACACGGAACCAUUAUCACUCUCAACGUCGUAUGAUGAUCAAACCGAAGCUACCAAGCAAACGGACAUGCAGGAUAUGGAUUUUAGCAAACAGACUGAGUCUUCUGAUCAAAUAUCAACAACGGACACAGAAAAACAUGCUGAAGAAACUACCCUAACUCCUACAAUUUCAACUUUCACAACCGAGAGAGAAUCGUCCACUGCGUCUCUUCAGUCUGACAUAGAUAUCGAAACAGAGAUAAAAGUUCAUGACAAAAGCGGUCAGGAGAGUUCGAACACAGGGGACUCUGAAUCGACAACACCGUCAGAUGAAGCACUGAGUUCCUCUACAGUUUUGAUCCCUGACUUGAGUAUCAAGACAGAAAUCAAAGUGAAGGACGAAACAGAAAAAGACAACUCCAGCGAAGAAACCUCCGAACCGACAACUGUGCCUAACACUACACCAAGUUCUACGAAGGUUCCUCGUCCAGCAACGAACGAGUCAUGGGAAAACGAUGGCAGAAUUUCGGUGUGCCUAGGCGACGCGAUUCACGAUGACCCCUGCUGGUUGGUUCGCUUUGUGGACGAACGUUUUGACAACUUCCUCUGCCACGGAACGAUGAUCAGUGGAAAUCUCAUCCUUACAUCUGCUGUCUGUGCAAUUAGUCUGUAUCAAGCAGGAACGAAGAACGUGAAGGUGAGUGGUGAAUCGUCAACCAAACCACCAAUGAAUGUUAGCAGCAUCGCCAUACACGAAGAGUAUCGUCCCAGAGGUGUAGAAUCUUCUCGCUACGAUAUAGGUCUCGUAAGCGUGAAAGCGAGUACGUGUAUGGUGUGCAUGGCAACUCCGAACCUCGAAUUGAGGCCUCCAAACUGCUACACUUUCGCAAGCAGCAGUCAAGGAGAUGGUGAUGUGAAGCGUACUCAAUGUGAAGAAGUGAGUUUACAACAAGAUGAUAAUCAAUCGGUGAUGUGUAUUCUUCCAAAGCAAGAAAACUUGCAGGUGCACUCGGGCGCGCCGCUGGUGUGCUCCGGAACGGUCGCAGGGGUGGCGUCCUCUUCGGGAGACACGCCCACCUUCACCCCCACUGCGCGGCUGCUGCCCUGGGUACAGUGGAACGUCAAGCGGCUCCGCGCGCGCCCCGGCAGCACCUCGCCGGUCCACUGAACCACCCUGAUACAUUACACCGCACCACACCAACCCUCCCUCCACCAUGGCGGAGUUGCCAAGCGAUCAACCAGGGCUUACAAAAUAUCUUCUUGUUAUACAUCGCGGUUACUCGUGUGCAUGUGACUCUUCAUAAGCAGGUGAAUACAGGUUGUCUUUGAAUUUCGUAAUAUCGUUUGCUAAAGAACAUCGUUUUUAUCUGCUACAUUCCAACAUUCUAAGCAUAGGAGUGCGCACAAGAAAGGGCAGCGGGGCUGUCGCCAAAUUUCAAAAUGGUCCCUUAGCCCUAUGUAAUAAAUCAUUUUGUUUCCAUAAACUUGAUCAAUUCCUAAUUUUUCGUUUUUUUAAGCUAGUAUUUUGGGC